AAGUACAUCGUUCCCUGCCGGAUCCUCGGAGUGUAACACCGAGCGGUGAGUGUAGCGGGUAAGUUCAAAUAAAGUCACCACUAACGGAGCGACGAUGUCUUCGGUUCAGCAUCUGAAAGAGUUCAUCUCCCAGCGACUGACCGCUGCUGCUGUGGAAAUAUUCGGAGCCUUUGAACAAACCAUCGUCGAGUACGAAGAAGAGCUCGACCGUCAGCGCAGACUGUUGGACGCUGUGUUGAGACCUGAGAUCAAACUACACAGGAUAGAGAUUCCAGAUGUGUGUGAGGAAGAGGAGGAGGUUCCCACUCACCUGCAGAUUUCUCAUCACGUGAAGAAAACCACUCAGGAUGAAGAUGAUUCAAAUUUUCCACAAAUAAAAGAGGAACACGAGGAACCACACAGCAGUGAGGAAGGAGAGACGCUUGUUCUGAAGCAGGAGAUCGAUAAUGUGAUAAGUUCAGCAUACAAGGACAAUGCAGCAGAAGUAAAUGGUGACAAUCUGCUCCUCUCUCACAGCUCUGUUGUCACCCUGAAUGUAGACAACUCUGCUAUGUUAGAGAGUCCCACAGAUAAAAAGACUUUUAUAUGUACCACUUGUAAUAGAAGCUUUAAGGGUAAAGGUGCAUUACAGAACCAUGUGAAAACCCACACGGAGCAACAUCCGGUAUGUAACACAUGUGGUAGGAGAUUCCGUUAUUUAUCACAGUUAAAAGUACAUGAGAGUAUCCACACAGGUGAGAAGCCAUUUCCAUGUAAAACCUGCGGGAAACAAUUUAGACUAAGACCACAUUUACAAACUCAUCUAAGGAUCCACACAGGUGAAAAACCAUUCCUCUGCAAAACCUGCGGGGAACGAUUUAGACAUAAACCCAGUCUGGAAGCUCAUCUAAAGAUCCACACAGGUGAGAAGCCAUUCCCGUGUAAAACCUGUGGGAAACGAUUUAGACGGAAAACAGAUCUAGAUAUUCAUCUGAGGAUUCACACGGGUGAGAAGCCAUUCCCCUGCAAAACCUGCGGGAAACAAUUUAGACAAAAACCACAUCUAGAAGCUCAUCUAAGGAUUCACAAAGGUGAGAAGCCAUUCCCCUGUAAAAUCUGCGGGAAACGAUUGAGACGAAAAACACAUCUAGACGUUCAUCUAAGGAUUCACACAGGUGAGAAGCCAUUCCCCUGUAAAAUCUGCGGGAAACGAUUUAGACUAAAACCACAUCUAGAUGUUCAUUUGAGGAGUCACACAGGUGAGAAGCCAUUCCCCUGUAAAAUCUGCGGGAAACGAUUGAGACGAAAAACACAUCUAGACGUUCAUCUAAGGAUUCACACAGGUGAGAGACCGUACCUCUGUAACAUCUGCAGCAAAGCCUUCCAGGAACAAAAGAGUUUGAAACGACACAUCAUGGUGCACACAGGUGAAAAUCCUGUUCCUGUGCAUGUGAACAAAGCUUUACAGGUGGUUAAACCUUGUUGAACCACACAAGGUCUCACAGUUCUGUGUGGGACUGUGCAAAAGCUCACAAACAGGAAGUUAUGUUUAUGUGGUAUACUGUCUUUUUUAAUUGCCUAAUAAUAAAAUGAUUUGUUAUGA